AUGGCCAGGGAGGAUCUGCCUCGGUUCCACCACCUUCGUCAAUGGACACCAUGUCUGCAAAGGAUGCUGCCAGCUGGGACCCGCCUUUCCUCUCAAGACCGUAUGCAGCAGUGGAGACCACUUUAUGAGGAAUGGCUGCAGGACGGAUGGGACCUUGCUGGUCAGGAAUCUGCUGGCACGGAUCCAGCGACGGGCUUCUUGGACUACAUCGGGGCCACUGCGGAGGUUCUCCACCUGGUUGAUGGACUACCACGACAAGAAGAUCACGACUCACCCAUGAACGAAGAGAUCGCAGGGAUAGGGUUUGAUGCUUGGGCAGUCACAGCUGAAGAAAAACUCUUCGCCUUGUUCAGCCGGCCCCUCCAACCCGGCGAGCUCACACACAACCUCAAUGACACCGAGAGUGGCAACAUGGAUGACGGGAUGAGGGACCUCACAGCGACCUCCAGCUCGGACGUCGUCAGCCUGGUGAGCCGAAAGAUUAACAAACGAUGGCUAAAGAGCCCGAGCCGUCGCAGAAGACCGAGACCGUCAGCCCCAAGCUCGAUCAGGGUCACGACCGAGACAUGCAACCUCUCGGCCUGGACCGGACCUCGACGAAGGAGAUCCACCGCAACAGGCACAGGUGGCCCCACCACUGGGGCAACUGGUUCUGGUCGGCCCGCUCCAAAGAAGCGGCCUGGACAGCCUCCGACUUCCCCCGAGGUUGGUGCGACUGCCACCGCCUCUGCUUCCGGGAGACCUCCAACGAGCAACCAUGCUGAGGCCACGGGACCGUCGCCGCCGGCGCCUUUGACGAUGCAAGAGGCCGUGACCAACUGGUUGAUUUGGCUGAAUGUGAUGGACCUGGAUGAAACACCGGCAAGGCUCCUGCCGCGGGACAUUGAGCACCGCAUCCUCGACAACUUCAUGGACCUCUCCCCGAGUGACCAGCUAACUACGGCAUUAGCCCUGACCAGUAUGAUCCAACAACUCAUGGCCAGCAUUGGGAGUAUCCUUCAGGACGCGAUUCGCCUUGCCUCCAGAAGCCGUAACAGAGCGACGGAAACUAUUGAAGUGGAAGUCGAACCGGAGGAAGAGGAUGAUGAGGCGGGGAUGAUGCAAACAGGCAUGUCAUCAUCGUGGUAUGGAGUUCUUCGCGAACUCCGGCAAGCCUUUGGUGCUAUGUCGAAAGGGGCCCUGCGGGCGAACAUACGGUGGCUGCAGCGGCGUGUGCACCACAGAUGCACCAACCACGCCGCGGGUUACUUGCUUGGGCAUGCCACUGGUCGGGCUGGCGAACUGGUGGCGAUGCUCAGUGCAGCGAUGGCCGACACGGCUGAAUUUGAGGGACAGGAUGAUGAUGCGGUCUGCUGCACUACGUGGCCCUGCAAUGGUGGGCAAAACUGGAACCGCACCUGCCAAUCUCCAGCGGACAUCACUGAUGAUGAAGGGCCGACCCUCAUGGUCAAUGACGGGAUUAUCCGAGGCCCGCCGGUGCCUGAGCCGGUCAAUGGCCCUCCUCGCCAUGACCACAGCCCCGCGGAUACUGAACUUGGCCAGGCUGCGGAGGCAGCCGAAGCUGAGGCGGACCGCCUGCAACGAGAACGAGAACAAGCCGCACACGAACAAAGGGAGGCUGAGUUUAACCGGGAGAUGGAAAGAAUCUACGAAGAGCACAGGGCCAGCACCUACAGGGAGUGGGAGGAAUGGGUCAUGGCUGCUGAACUCUCGAGGCCAGCGAAACGGUCCCGAGGCGUGCUGCAGGUGGUGACCAAAACGGGCAACGAAGGUGAGCCUGGAACUUCGAGCUCCAUACAUGUGCCUCUGGACGAGACGGGGACAGGGACACUGGUGCUCAGCCUGGCACUUGUGGAACAGUCACCGGCCACACCAUCUACACUUCCCGUACCGGGGCCAGACCUGUCGACGAUAUCGGCUGUGGACCCAGGUGAUGCAGGAGUCCCGGGUGAACCUUCUGUUCCGCCUGGACAGCCCACGCUCAUGUCAGAGGUUGCUGCCACGGAGUUCGAUGACACCCACACCGUGUUGGCCAGUGGAGGGGGCCAAUUGGACCCUCCGUUGGCUGCCCUGGACUUGAUCUACACCAGGUGGGAGCAAGGUCUGAUUAGCUCUGAGGAGGUGGCAGCACAAUAUGGGCAUGAAUUCCUCCACACUCUUCAAGUACAACGUCUCGCGUACUUUGAUGGAGCUGUGUUCCACCAGCUACACGGGACCAAUGCGGAGGAGGAGGGUGCCCACUCGGCGCCGUCUUCAGAUAAUGGUGACUGA